AAAACACAGGGUAUACAUGGAAAAGAGAUAAUUCAAACGAGGAAAGUAGAAUUGACACAAUUUGGAUGUCACACAGAUGGUGUAAAAAUGUUGAAAAAGUGGCAAAUAAGAGAAAAAAAUGAGGAAAUUUAUCCCAAUGGACCUAAAUAUAAUAUAAAGCUGAUGGAUGAGAAACGAUGGCUAAAAUUUGCAAAGUUGGUAACUGUAGAGGUAUAUAAGCUAUUUAACAUGGAACGAGCAAAAUCAAUUAAAACAAUUAAAAACAGUGAAACUUUUAAAAAAGAAGAAAGAAAACUGAACAUGCUAAAUUAUAGCAUGGAAAAAAUCUUUAGCAGAAACAAUACAAAUAAUUUUGAAAUACGAGAAGAGCUAAAAGCGGAAAGUCUAGUUCAUCAAAAAAUUGCCAAAGCAAAAGAAAAAAGUGAAACAAUAAAACAAAUACAAAAAGCAAUUGAAAAAAGAUGGGAAGAUCUAAAAGAUAAUCCGAAGCGUAUGAUAAGUAGCAUAUUAGAUAGACCACGUAAAUCAAUAGUAAUGGAUCGAAUUGUAAAAGAGACAUCAGAUAACAAUACAAUUAUAAUCACAGAAGGUAGUGAAAUUAAAGAACUGGUAAAAGAACAUUUUCACAAUUGGACGAGGAAAAGAACUACAGAUGCUAG